ACUUCUUCUUCUUCUUCUUCUUCUUCUUCUUUUUUCCCCAAGACCUUAUGCGCCUCCGGCGGGCAUAGAACCAGCAGCAGGAGAAUCUGAAACCGACGCGAGAUAGAUAGAACAAAAAAUGACCAGAUUAUUGCAUCAAAAAUGCGACAAAAUAAAACAAUAAUGAUAACAAAAAGAAGAAGAAGAAGCAGAGUGCCGUUGGCGCUCUUUUAUAUGUCUAGCCAGCAACCCCUUCCUGAAUUUUAAGAAGGCUUUCACACACCAAAUGGCAUCUCCUCCUGGGUGCUGCUGCUGCUGCUUGCUAGCCAGGAGGGCCCACGGGGGCCAAUAGGACUGCCGUUGCACCUGGAUUGCCCCACCGCAGGAAAUCCCCCAAAACGCCCCGCCUCCACCAUCAGGAGCAGCUCUGGGAAGCGAGUGCACGGAACUUUAGGUCCUAAGUAGGAAAACUUUAGUAAGCGGGUGGAAAAAGGCAGGACGCGGCGACCUAGCGUGUGUACGUACGCACAUUCACGCGCACACACAUGUGUUUGAGUGGAGAGUGUAUAAGAGAGAGAGAGUGUGUGUGGAGAGUGUACAGUGUGUUGUGUGUAGAGUGUAGUGUGUGUUCGCUCGGGCCAGCACCAGUAGUACUUUGCAAUCUGUGGGACGAGGGAGCGACCAGCUUCUCCACCAGGAUUUAUCAUUUGCUUAUUCACCGCACGACUGUUUUCUACUUUUUUUUUUUAUUUUAACUUUUUCCUAAUUUUCUUUUGUGACUAUAUCGCUACUGUGAAUUUUCCCUGCACGGAUUCUGCUUCUCUCUACGACGAGUUGCUUGCUGCUUCUACGUACAAGGAUUAGGAUUCACCACACCGCGUCUCCAGGAGACUCGCGGGCGCCCAUGAUGUCGUACCCUUAUGCAAGCCUGAAGGAAGAGGACGCCCACCACUACAUUCAGGUCAAGCAGGAGGAGGAGGAGGAGGAAGUGGAGGAGGAUGAGACCAACAGCCCGAUGUGGGAUAACGAGCGAAACUACUGGAACAAACACAUGUGCUACUGGGAAGGCAGGGAAAGCGAAGACUGGGCAAGACACGUCUGUCGAAGGAGAGGAGUCGGCACCAACGAAGUCGACCUUCGGGGCUUCAGGGCCAAAGAUGGCAUCAGCCUACAGGAGCUGACCCGCCAGGAAUUCUGCUACAUCGUCGGGGAGCAGUACGGAGCCAUGUUCUGGAAGGAGCUGAGGUCCUACAGAGCGAUGCAGAAACAAAGAUGCCAGCGGUGUGUGGACAGUGACGCCAUUUCCACGCUUAUGAACAUAUCGAGCAAGUGUUCUGUCCAAGAUAUACCCAGCGACCUUUCUUACAAUGGCCACCUGACUUCGAUAUCGCGCCAGAGCUCUCCGUCCCCGAGGUUUAACCAGGAAAGUGCAAUUCCGUACCCAGAUCGGCCUAUGAGCGGAACUUACGAAGUCUACUCGAAGUACCAAGACGGAAGGUCUUCGCCCGGCUCUCUCUCGCCCAACUACCAAGAACACAACUUGUACCCGGAAGUCUACUCUCAGCGGUCGGAGACCAAGGGUGCCCUCCAUCAGCCUCCGCGGCUGAUCUGCCUCGAGCAAAAUAACCAAAAAGUUUCCUUCCACGGCGACCACCCCUCGCCCCGUCCAAUGAAGCCCAUUCCGGGGCUCAUCUCCAUGGACGAAUUGGAGUCUGGAACAUUCCCCAGUCACGACAGUCACAGAAUCCAUCACUUGCGUGCGCUGAAAGGCCUGGACACCGACCGAGAUCUGUACGAGAAAACGCCCCAUCCUGUCACAAUAUACACCCCUGGUCACACGGUGUACUCGUCGCCUUACUUGAACAGCGCAGAUGGAGUUGUCCCCAAUUCUCACCCGAGCCACCACGCCCAGGUGCAGCAGGACGUCAGCGGGCGAUUCCACACCCGGGUCAUCCAGCACACGCACGAUUCACCUCACAAAUACCCCCCGGGGCAGGUGUACGCACAGUCCCAGCAUUACGCCGGUUACCGCAACUUCGGCCGGCCCUCGAGUAAUCCCUCCAGGAAUUCCUCGGAGUCUGACGACGAAGAAAACGAGCCCGGGAGGCUCGUGAUUGACAUCCCAGAUGACACACUUGAGGACCACGAAAUGGAGGCAGGAGGGGACCCCCGGUCACCCCACGAGACCAACAGAACCGUCCCCCACCUGAAGAAGAUCCCCACCAAGAGGAAAAGAGAUCGCGGGCCGAAGUCCUGGGAGUUCCUGAUGCGCCUCCUGGCCUGCCCCAAGACCAAUCCUUCCAUCAUCCGGUGGGAGAACGAGGCGGAGGGCAGCUUCAGGCUCGUCCAGCCACAGGAGAUCGCCAACAUGUGGGGAACAAGGUCCAACAAAGAUGACUUGUCGUACAACAACUUCGCCAGGGCCCUGAGGUAUCACUACAAGACCAAACUGCUGUUCAAAAUCUCAGAGAGGCAGCUGGUGUACGGCUGUGGGCCGGCGGCCCUGGCCUUCUACCGCGAACUCCUGAAGGAACAGAACAUGUCUCUGCUGGAUGGCAACACCGGAUGACGACAUCUUCCUCCUCCUCCCGUUUGGACAUGGCACUCUCAGGUGUGCCGAGACAAAGAAGAAGAAGAAGAAGUAGAGGAAGAAGAGGAAGAAGAAUAGAAGACGCUUAGUCUACAUCUGCUUAGCCAGAUGUCAAAAAAGCGAGUCUAGUUCUCCCAAGCGGGAAAAUUGGAUGGAAGACGCUGAUUCGGACACUGUGUGUAGGAUCGAGCAGCCUUGUGGAGAGGCGCAAAGAGGAGGAGGGGAUGGGGAGCCGUUUCUAAGGCAAAUCCUUCCUAUUACUACUACAACUAUCGACAUGUCACUGUUUCCAGAAGGCCACCUCAUGUCGUGCAGUCUUCACGGAGCCGUUUCAAAGGCAAAGCCUUCCUAUUACUACUACUACUACUAAUGCAUGGCGGUUUCCAGAAGCAGAAGGCCGCCUAUUUUACUGUAGUCUUCAUCGCGAAAAAAGACAACGUUAAAAGACAUUCUGAAGAACGAAAAACCACACAGUUGCUUUUCCAAAAGGUUUAAUGAAUAACCUUUAUUUAUACUCAAAAUGACCCUUUAGAUACACUUUUUGUUUAUUUAUUUAUCACCGCUUUUUCUCUCUAUCUAUCUAUCUAUAUCUCUAUCUCUCUCUGCAUCAAGAAUCCAAUAAUUUAUUGCUGCCUACUAAACUAACACAAGCUAUUUUCGUCUACGCGAACAAUUCAAGUCUAGUCAAAGGGUUAUCCACAUAAUUUUAAGAGACAAAACUAUAUUUCCUCUAUUAACAAAAUGUGCAGGCACUCGAUUAUUAAAUAAUAUACGUAAUAACAAACAUAUAAACCGUCUUUGAAUAAAUGAUUAC